AUGGUGAAAAUUGACGAAUUUGCAGUGGAGCGAUGGAUGGAUCUUUAUGAAAAUGACGCCAUACAUAACCUCGCCGAGACAUGCUGUGCGUCGAUCUCUCUGAACGAUCUUCAGAUCUUCUCGGGCAGAGAGACGGACCUCAUAGACUUUUCGCAGAAACAGGUCUACGGUGCAAUCCGUGGUUCUAGCGCUCUCAGGUCGAAUAUUGCUCGACUGUACUCAACAGCUACCUCGGCGCCUCUGCGUCCCGAGGAUGUACUUGUCACGAACGGAGCUAUUCAGGCCAACUUCUUGGCUCUUUAUACCAACGUUGGUGCAGGAGAUCAUGUAAUCUGUCACUAUCCGACUUAUCAACAGUUGUAUUCUGUUCCUGCAUCUCUAGGUGCUGAUAUCAGCUUGUGGAAGUCAUCUGAGGAAAAUGGUUGGCAGUUGGACGUGACGGAGCUCAAGUCCAUGAUCAAGCCUAACACGAAACUCAUCAUUCUGAACAAUCCUCAAAACCCAACUGGUGCUGUCCUCCACCGUGAGACGUUGCAAGAAAUUGUCGACGUGGCACGCCAACAUGACCUUAUCAUUCAUUGUGACGAAGUCUACCGGCCGCUAUUCCACUCUCUUGACUCCAAUCAGCCAGAAAACCCAUCAUCAAUCCUUGAUUUUGGAUACGAAAAGGCCAUUUCAACCGGAUCUAUGUCCAAGGCAUUCAGUCUGGCUGGUAUUCGAUUAGGCUGGAUCGCUUCCCGCAACGCUGCAAUGAUCGAAGCAUUCGCUUCUGCGCGUGACUAUACCCUCAUCUCUGUUGGACAGCUUGAUGACCGCGUAGCUACCCAAGCCCUUUCAAGUCCCACAGUUGAGAACUUGCUUGAACGCAAUUACCAGCUAGCGAAGCAGAACCUUGAUGACUUAGAGGCGUUUGUGCAUGAGUUUGAAUGGACUGCAUCCUGGACUAGACCACAGGCUGGCACGACUGCCUUCAUCAAAUUUGCCAAGAGUGGACAUCCAGUCAAUGAUGUGGCUCUCUGUGAGCAGUUGCUGGCGAAGUAUGGAGUGAUGUUCGUUCCAGGGAGUCGGUGCUUUGGCAAUGGACAAGACUUCAAAGGUUAUGUACGAGUUGGCUACGUUCCUGAUCGCCAGGUCAUGGUUGAUGGUCUCGAGGCUCUCCGCAACUUUAUGCGUGACGGAUAUGAGAAGGUUCCAGUGCAGGUAGAUUAA